GUGGCUAGUUACCCCCCAACCGGCAAAGGCAUACUGCCAAGCGAUUUAGCGUUCCGGUACGAUGUCGUGUAGGAGCCGAAAGGGGUGUGGAUUUUCAUCCUCCUCCUAACAAGUUAACAUCAGACAUUCAACAUGGUGAAUAGGAUAUUAAUAUUCUGUGGGCUUAUAGCCGUUGCAUCAGCAACGGUGAAGCUGCAAGAAGUAUACUCCUGGAACAUCAUGGACUGGAACUACCCCGACCAGUACCUGAAGCAGCAAGCUCUCCAGACUGGAGCGCUUGUCAGGCAAAACGCUUUGCCUGUUGGCAUCGAGCGAUGGAGGAAUAAGCUUUUCGUCAGCGUCCCGAGAUGGCGUCCAGGUAUACCAGCGACCUUGAAUUAUAUACCUCUGGAUGCGCCCUACGAACCAUCUCCAAAGCUCACUCCCUAUCCCAGUUUCAAGGGAAACGAGUUGGGUAACUGCGAAACUGGCCUCACAACAGUCUACCGAAUCAAAGCAGACAAAUGUGACCGUCUAUGGGUAUUGGACGUAGGCACAUACGGUUAUGAUCCUAAUGUGACGAAUGUUUGUCCUUACUCCAUUAACGUAUAUGAUUUAAACACUGAUCAACGUAUAAGAAGAUACGUGUUCAGACCCGAAGACAUCGUCUCUACGACCUUUAUUGCUAAUAUCGCAUUAGACGAAGGUCUCACUUGUGAUGACACAUUUGCUUACUUCUCUGAUGAACUCGGUUAUGGACUUAUCGCAUAUUCCUGGGAACAAAACAAGUCAUGGAGAUUCAGCCACAGCUACUUCAUGCCCGACCCACUUGUCGGAGAUUUUAAUAUAGCUGGACUCAACUUCCAAUGGGGAGCAGAAGGCAUAUUCGGUAUAAGCGCAUCUCCAAUGGGUGCUGACGGAUUCAGGACACUGUAUUUCAGUCCUUUAUCAAGUUAUACAGAGUUUGCUGUAUCAACUCGAAUCUUGAGAGAUGAGACUAAAGUCACUGGAUCUUAUAAGGAUUUCAAAGUAGUAGGCACUCGUGGACGUGAUACACACACUACCUCUAAAGUUAUGGAUGUCACAGGCGUCCAACUUUUUAAUCUUAUCGAUCAAAACGCUAUAGGAUGUUGGAGUACCAACUUUGCGCUUAAGCCCCAAAAUAUAGCCAUCGUCGACAAAGAUGACGUCGGUCUAGUUUUCCCAUGUGACAUCAAAAUCGAUGAAGGCAGGAAUGUAUGGGUAAUUUCCGAUCGAAUGCCUGUAUUCCUCGAAUCCGAAUUGAAUUACGGAGAUAUCAAUUUUAGAAUAUAUGUCGGAUCAGUAGACUCGCUUACUCAAGGAACAGUAUGCGAGACAUCGCCACCUGUUACUACUCCAAUAAUACCGACUAGCCCUAUGUUAAAGCCAUUCUUAUAUCAUGACAACAGUGUUUCACGAGUUCCUCCAAGAAUAUUACUGCCAAACACUCUUACGAAUGCUAAACCUAUGACGUCAACUUUUAAUCCCCAACACCUAACUUCCAUUUCAUCUCCUAAUGCUAUCUCCCGCCUCUAUAACCCGUUUAUAAAUACGAAGCAAACGUCUAAACCGUUUAUUGCCUCCCAACAAUCUCCAGGAAUCCACAAUAACCCAUGGUGGCUGAAAAAUACUGGAGAAUAUCGUGUCGAGGAGACUUACUAAAUAUAAAUGAAAUCAAUUAGAAAUAGGCAUUGAAAUAUCGAAUGAUGAAAAUGUUUUAAUACCUAAUAUUCUUAACAUAGACUUAAGAUGAUGUGGUUCAUACGCUAUAUAUUGAUAGCACUAAUGUAACUACAUGACACAAUGUACCUAUUUAGUAUAAGGUGUGAUGAAUUGAACUUAUUUUAUUUAUGUUUAGACUAGUGUAAUCUGUGAGUGUAAGACAUUGUAUUAGAUUUACGGUUAUGUAUCUGUCUUAUGGUUGUCUUAUUUUUAACGUCAAAUUAACUCUUUUAGUGCGAUCCCAUCUGAUGUUAAGUGAUGAUGCAGUGAGAUAUCGAGUUCACUAAUUGGAAGAGAUUUCUAUUUCGCAUCAUACUGGGACGCUUUACGAGUAUCUCUGGACGUAAGUCUUUGAUGGUAGGGUGGUAUCUAACCAAGGCCGAAGGCUACCACUAGACCUUCAGGUCCUCGUUUGUCUGUAUUUUUAUUGUGAUUGUUGAGAAUAAAUAAACUUUAUCAGUCCCACAUACAAUUAUUUGUGUGAUAGCCAAAUAAACUGUAAAUUAAAUUGAUGAAUGAUGUAUAAAAGGGAACCUUUCCAGUAUGAUUUUAAAUUACUACCGUAUCUAGUUGUAAUUAUAAAUAUUUAUAUAAUAUCAUAUCUCUGUUACUUUUACCUUAUAUUAAUAUUAAAUGUUUUUACAUUA